GUGAUGUCCAAGCAGGUCAAAUAGGGGCAGGGGACAGGAUUGUCUUGGAAGUUUGAUCUGUCCCCCCUCGUGUGUUGUUCCCCUGCUCAUCGUCCGUGCGGGCUCUGCUUAACGAAGAAUGCAAACUCUGGAGCAUGGUCCCAGUGCCUCCGUCGGACCCUGGCACUAACCGGCGUCUCUAAUGGAGCCGAGGCUGCAGUUGCUUCUGGUGGCAUGGCAGGAAACGUCUCUCCUUUUAAACCCCGGAACGAACGCUCUCGGAGAUCAGAUCUUGGGCAAGCCCAGGCUGGGCCUGAGCCAUCAGCAGGUGCGCGGGAGGCGGCGAGGGGAGGGGACGAGGCUGGCCCUCGAGGCAGAAGGAUUAGCUUCAAACGCUCCCCAGACGCAGCACGUCUCUUCCCUUUGACAGCCGGUGCUGAGUCCCUCUGGGGCGCUGGUCCAUGGCCGUCCUCAACGCCGGGGACCCCGGCCUGCUCUCUCGGGCCCCCAUCCUGAGAAGCGAGGGGUGCGGCUUGGGGAUGGUGUGAGCCCGGCGCUCGCCCUGGUGCAGGUGGGUUUCUCGACGGCGGGGAGGCACCCUGGAGCGGGACGGUGGGCACCAUGAAGAAGAUGUUCUCCUGUUCCACCUCGCAGGUCGCGGUCGAGAGCUGGAACAAACACGACCAGAAGCUUUUCGAAGCCGUCGAGAAGGGGGACGUGGGCCGAGUUGCCGUCCUGGCUUCCAGAAAGACCGCGAGACCCACCAAGCUCAACGCCCUUGGCCAAUCUGCGUUCCAUCUGGCAGCUUCCAAAGGGCUCACCGAAUGUCUGACCAUCCUGCUGUCUCAUGGGGCCGAAGUCAAUGAGAAGAAUGACGACGGCAGCACGGCGUUGCACCUGGCCACCAUCGCCUGCCAGCCCCAGUGCGUGAAGGUUCUGCUGCAGCACGGCGCCAACGAGGACUGCGUGGAUGGGGAGAACCGCACCCCCCUACACUGGGCCGCCUCGUCAGGGUGUGCAUCCAGCGUCUUGCUCCUGUGCGACCAGGAGGCCUUCCUGGAUGUCACCGAUAACAACGGACGCACGCCCCUGAUGAUAGCGGCCAUGGGGAACCACCCCACCAUCUGCUGCCAGCUGCUCCAGAGAGGGGCCAGCGGCGACCUCACCGACAAGGACCAGAAGACUGCUCUGAUCCUGGCCUGUGAGAGCUCCAGUGUGGAGUCCGCCGAGCUGCUGGUAAGCAGCGGGGUGGACCUCAGCGUGGUGGACAGGAUGGGCCACGACGCCCUGCACUACGCCCUGCAGUCCCAGAGCCGCCCGCUGCGGAGGCUGCUGCGAAGUGCCCUGAAGAAGAGGAAGAGAAGAGAGCACGGGCCCGGCCGUCAAACAGGAGUCACUGCACAGGUGACCGCCGAACCACUGGAGCGCAGCAGCAGCAGCACAACCUUGCAGAGUGAGGUAGGCGGAGACGCCGACGGGGAUGAAGAGGAUCUCGACGCCGAGGAGUGGAGGUGUCGGUACGAAGACGAGCAGAUGAAGGUCCUGCAGCUGGAGGAGCAGCUAGUGAGGAAGGCGAAGGAGUGUGAUGCCCUGGUGGAAGGGUGCAAGGUGAUGAAGGAGAGGAUCUGGGACCAGGUGCAGGAGAUAAGCCAGCUGUUGCCGGAGAGGGCAGAUGAGGGCCGGCGGGUGCUGAGCCGCCGGUACAGCCGGGACACCACAGAAGAGGACUAUUACCUGAACCUUUUGGCUGAACAAGUGCAAGAGCUGAAGAAGAGACAGCAAGAGGCAGGGAGAGGAGGAAGCCAGAACGUAGCAGUGAAGGAAGAGAGGAUACAGUGGCCGGGGGAGGAGGAAGAGGAGGAGAAGAGACACCAUCAGGAGGAACUGCAGCGGCUCCAGGCCGAAGUGGCCACGGCCCUGGAGGGGAAGGAGAGCGCGAUGAAGAGGGUGGUGGAGAUCGAAGGCCAUCUGGAGAACAUGAGGGCGGUGAUCGCCGUCUACGAGGCCAAGAAGCGGGCCCAUAGUGAGGCGCUGGAGCAGCUGCAGGCUCGUGUCGCUGAGCUCGAUGGCGACAACCAACGGCUACGCGGGCUGCUGGGAAAGCAGCAAGGAGAAAGCCAGAAGGCGGGAAGGCAGGAGGUGGAUCAGAGAGGGCCCAGAGCCGCUCUCCAUGCUGAGCUAGGCCAGAUCCUGUCAUGGAUGAGGGAGACAGCUGACAGAGCACAGGAGGAGAAGGCCGCGGUCCUCGCUGAAAACGAGGCUCUGAAGAGGGAAGCAGAGGAGGCCCUCGGGGGCAAAUUUCACCUCGAGGCGGUGCCAUCAGAAGCCAUCAGGAAGAGCGUGGCCUCUUGGGAGAAGAUGGUGAUGGGCUUAGAACGUGCUCUGGCCAAGAUGGAUGAGGCCAACUCCAGCCUCCUGGAGAAAGCCAGGCCUCUUCAGGAAGCCAUCUCAGCCCCUCAGAGCAAGCAGGAAUCAGGGGUCUUGGUAAACGGCAUGGUGGCUUCCCAGCUCCAGGAGCUGAGAAAUGGCCUGGAGCAGCAUGAGGAGGAGAGCAAUGUCUUUAGAGAUGAGGCUGAGUCUCCACUGAGGCAACCUCAAUCCCCGGAGGAGCUGGAGAAGGGCAGGAUGGAAAAGAACCCGCUCCAAGAUGGCCUCCAUGGGCAACUCAGACCUAGGCUGAGGAAUGAUUCUGUGGAAACCAAGGGCCAGGCCAGGAGGAGAAGCUCUGACCUAGAGAAAGAGGUGUCGGACCUCAGACAGAACAACGGCAGCCUCAUGAACGAGCUGGCCCAGUUGGGCCAGGAGAGGGAGAAGCUACAAGAUGAGCUCCAGCGCCUCUGGCAGCACCAGAAGGACGGGUCCCCCCAAGGAGAGGCUCAGAGCCUGGUGGAGGAGCUGAGGCAGAGAGUGGCCGCCUUGUCCCGGGAGCUGUCAGCCGAGAAGGAAGAGACCAAAAAGCUGAGGCUAAGGCUAGAGACCCAGAAGAGGGAGAUGGUGGUGCUGAGGGACAGUUUCCUCAAGCAGAUGAUGGGAGAGGCCAACAGCGUGGGAAGCCAGAGCCUCAGCACCUGCAUCUUGGAGGAGCUGCACUGGAAACUGGACAACCUAGUGAAGAAGCAUAACGAGGCCCUGCAGCUGGUGUCGGAGAUAGAAGAGGAGAGCCAGGUGCUUGUGGGCGACCAGGCUCCUGCCGUGCAGUGCGAGGCUAUCGACACCUCCGUUGGGGGCGAGAAAAGCCCUCAAAACCACAGUGUCCAGGCCCUCGGUCAGGAAGCGCCCGAGACCUUAGAGAUCGUUGGCGGAGAGCUGGUGCUUGAACCCUGGCGUUGGGUGAACGAGCUGGAGAGAGAUCUGUGGGAGCUGAAGGAGGAGCUAGAGGCAGCUCAGGCCACCCUGGGCGGCGAAAGCCACGACGUGACCAAGCUGAAGCAGAUGCUCGACCGACUGCCCGUGAAGGUGGCAGAGUUGUGCUCGGAGGAGGAGGAGACCCUGCGGAUGCACGAGAAGGCCUGGAGCUCCCUGGCGCUCCAGACUCAGGCUCUGGAAGAGGAGCUGCGAGCCCUUCAGGAGAAGCAUGAGGAGGUGAGGGGGAAGUCCGCCCAGCGGGAAGAGGCCCUGGCCGCAGAGAAACAUAAGAACAAGGACCUGCUGGCCAAGAUGGCGGAGCAGGAGAAGGAAGCAGGAGAGCUGAGGGGGAAGUUGGAGCAGCUGGAGAGAACCAUCCAGAAGCUGAACAAGAAGGUGGAGGAGCUCUCCAGGACCUGCCAGGACAAAGAAGGGAAGAUUAAAAAGCUGCUGAAGGAGACGGAGAAGCUUUCGGCAGAGAUCCUGGCCCUACGCAGCGAGAGUGCUCGUCUCCAGCUGCAGCUAGAGGUUAAGGAAAAAAAUCACCAGGAGAUUGUUACUAUCUACAGAACCCAUCUGCUCAAUGCAGCCCAGGGGUUCAUGGAUGAAGAAGUUCACUCGAUGCUGCUCCGAAUCCUGAGGGCGAAGGAGGAAUGAGCUUUGCCCUCCUCUUCCCGGGAACUAGGAUCUUUCUUCUGUGCAAGGCUGCAACAUUUUCCAAUGCCGGCUUCACUCCAUUUAGGAAGAUAACAGGCAACACCAGGAGGAGACUGGAGGGCCGAGCCCGCACCUUUCCAGCAGCGAGGAUAGCGCUCGAGGAACCAGCUGACACAUCACUGGGACCAUGUCUGCCACCCCACCUACCAGAGACCCAUCCUCCAAGGAUGUCAACACAAGAUGAUCACCUCUGCAAUAGCUUUGGUUGGUUUUCCCCCUCCCAACCUGCCUCUUCCUGGUCUCCACGUGCUGCUGGCUGAACACCGGGGCUUUAUUUCAAAUAGCCCCAGAGAUCUGAAAUCAUUUACCUUUGAAAGAUGGGCCGCAGGGCAAGCGUAGCGUGUUAUAACAAACCCAGGCGCUGCAGCUGCUAGACGCAGUGACUCGAUCAGCCGCUCGCACGCCUGGAUACAGGACUAGAACCCAGGCCGUUUUGCGCCACAGUCCCCGCCCUCUACCACUUGCGCUAAAGGACAGCUCCCUUCCCUGCUUGUAGAGGUCAUUUCCUUAUCUUCUCUGAGGGCACAGCUAGCUGAGAGCAACAGGAAAGCAUGCACCGAGUAAACUCUACUUCAGCCUCCCUUUCGCUGCAACUGAAGCCAAUUAUUAUUAAGUGAUUGGACUCUGGUAGCACCUAGGAGCCCCCAGCAUGGAACAGGAUCCCGGGGUGCUAGGGGCUGUACAACCACAAAAACAAAAUGACGGUCAACCAGGGUCCCUUUUACUGCCUCACCUUUCCACCACGGAGCAGUUUCUGUUCACCGGGUGAGCAAGGUAGUGGGGUUUGCCCUUCAGACCAUGUGGCUGCAGGAGCAAAUUAGGCGGAGUUGGCCAUCGGAUACGUUGCAGCAGCGCUGAACUCUCCAAUUCAGAGGUGGGGGCAACUGAGUCUUCCGUCCUAGUUCUUUGCUUCCUGCUGGAUCGGGACACAGUCUGAUCCUGCUCCCGUUGGAGUGAGUGAGUGGCCAAAGUCCAAUUGAUUUCCAAGGCAGGGGACUAGGUCUCUCAAAAGCAGAUAGAUCCUUGGUGCACCUCUCUUACAUCACAGGCUCUGGCUGGCUGGCUUUCCCCUUGCCUCGGUCCUGAGACUGUUUGGCUGUGGAAAGAAAAUGACCCGCAUCCAGACGUUUAUUCUGGAAACAGGCUUUGGUGCAAGACCAGGUCCUUGUGGCUAUCUGAGCAGUGCUGGGGCGGAGCACCAGGGGAAAUGAAAGCGCUGAGAUCAGCAAACAGAAGGAAGGGGUUUCCACUGAGCUAUGAACUGAGAUACUCUUGUGGGCCUAGAAUUUUGUCACAUGGUCUCAGCCGUGCGACCCCAAAAAGACACUAGCAUAGGCAGUGUUGUCUAGUGGGUAGGGGACGUGACAGAAGACCUGGGUUCUAGUCUUGACCCUACUGCGUAGCCUUGGGCAAAUCAUGCUGCUGCUCUGUGCCUCAGUUUCCCCUCCCAGCCUUUGUCUAUUUAGAGUGUAAGUUCUUUGGGCGGGGAUUGUUUCUUAAGGUGUGUUUGUAGAGUGCCCGCCCUCCUCUGGGCUGGGGCCCCUAGGUGCUGCUGUCAUAGACGUAACGAAUGAUCUAUCCAAUAAAUAAUAGAGCAAGACCCUCAGCUGGCGUCAAUCCGAGUGGCAGCGUUGAAGUGAAUAAAGCUAGGCGGGCUGAGAUGUGGCCCAGUGGCUUUGUCUUUGUCACUCAGAAACCUAUUAAAUUGGAAUUUUGGAAA